GAGCUGUGCACACUGGUUGCAAACACGGAAACGCAGUGAAGUCUGCAGUACGUCCGUGUUGUUUUAUUCCCUUUUGUAAUCGCAUGCAAUUCAAUCGUCGCUGUUUGAAAAGCAGACAUUGUUCGUACAUCACAAAGUAAGGGCGUCUGUUACGCCUUUCUCCGUUUUUUCUAUGGAUUCAAUGCAGAUUCUGUCAUGGGCCUGCAUCGUGUUCACAGUCGGGAUGUUCUCGACUGGACUGACCGACCUGAAGAAGAUGAGAGAAUCCAAAAGUGCUGACAAUAUCCAGUUUCUCCCCUUCCUCACCACGUGUCUUAAUAACCUGGGUUGGCUCUAUUAUGGGCUUCUGAAGGCGGAUCAGACAAUUGUCCUGGUCAAUGUUAUUGGAGCUCUACUCCAGGUCCUCUACAUCAUUGUGUACCUCCUCUACACAAAACAAAAGAGGCUGGUGAUGACACAGACUCUUGCUGCAGGGACGGUGUUGACCUGCGCUUGGUUCUACUUCACCAUGUUUCUUCCGGAGGGAGACACUCGCCUCAGCCAGCUGGGCCUCACCUGCAGCGUGGUGACUGUCAGCAUGUACCUGUCACCCCUCACCGACCUGGUACAGAUCGUGCGUACCGGUGAUGUGACGCGCUUGUCCUUCCCUCUGACUGUAGCCACCUUUUUCACUUCAACCUCCUGGGUCCUGUACGGCCUCCAGCUGAACGACUACUACAUUGUGGUUCCAAACACGCCGGGCAUCCUCACCAGUCUCGUCAGGUUUUAUCUGUUUCGGAGAUUCGCAUCGGUCGUUCAGGGCUCACCGGCGUAUAAGGCUAUGCACAUAUGAGGAGGGCUGCAGGAAGGUCGAGAGGGGACAGAUCUGCCCGGCUCCGUGGAGGCUUCCCCCCCCCCCGAUGCCUUUAUUUGGAACCAUACAGAGAGACAGUGGAGGGACACAAACGACGACACCACGAAUGAAGUGGCGACAACGUCUGGUUACUUGGUUUCACUUUGGGUGAAUAUGUGUGAUACUCUGUGGAGAGAAACAAGUCAGACGUCUUAUAGUAGUUUAUAUUUUUGUGUCGGUUAAGUGCCUUCUCUUAGACCCUGUUUGCUAUUUAAUGUCAACGACAUUGACUGAGUUACCAGCAGGACCUUUGCACCAUGUUCACAAUUCAGUGAGUUGGAUAUCUUCCUAAACUCAUACUAGCCAAAGAUUUUGUGAAGUUGUAAAUUGCUGGUUACUAUUUUUAUGCACAUGUAGUGCUCUCCUCCCUUGUACUAAUGUAAAUACGUAGUAUAUAGUUUUAUAUUUCCACUAGUACUGCAAUGGCGGUUUCAUUUUCCUUUUAAGAGUUUCUACUUAAGCUUCUGUAUCACCCUGCAUACAGACUAUUCAGUGUCAGUUAUAUUUGUUUUGUUUUUCUAAAGACUAUUAAAUACACAUCAGAUGUUAUAUUGUUGAUUUCCUUUUAACUGCAUUUGAGAUUAAAUAACAUAAAAAAGGACAUUGACAAACUAGGGUGUGUUUACAAGAAUAAGGGAUGCUUAUUUCCAUGGUGUCUGGCUGUCAGAGAUAAUUGAGUCUUGCUUUUCUCCUUAUUACAUAAAAUAAAGAGGAGAAAAGCGUGGUAUGCAAAUGAAAGCCGAUUGUCAGUGCUGAUCAUUCACGGCUAAAGGAUGUAAAUAAACUUACUAUAA